AUUGGUUAGAUUGUCUGUUUCUUUGGGGGUUACAUUCAUCAGCGGCACCGAGCAACUUGCUGUACGGCAGAUACAUUUUCAUGAACUACGUCGUGACAAACCAAGGUUUUUGAAUCAGUAAUUCUAAAUAUAAGUAUUGUUUUUUUUUAAUCAGUAAUUCUAAAUAUAACAGUAAUAUUGCUAGACGCUUGUAGUCACAUCUCAAACCUGAUAUCGGAGCGUUGCUUCCUGCGUUUGGUUUGCUUGGGAGAGUUGUUUUUGCGGCAGUCAGUGAGAAAAGAGUGCUUAUGACAGCUCGGUUUCUGCAUUGAAUUAUCAGCAGUGUGUAGAAACAGGUAAAGAACAUAAGACGAACUAAACAUAUGGAGUUGUGACAAAUGACGUUGAUCUCAGUGUAAUGGAGUUGCAGGCAGUUGUAAUGGCUGCUGGAGGGGGCUCUCGAAUGAUGGACCUCACUUACAGCAUGCCUAAACCCCUGCUCCCUGUGGGAAACAAACCCCUGAUUUGGUACCCGCUGAAUCUGCUGGAGAGAAUCGGCUUUGAGGAGGUGAUUGUCAUUACAACAAAGGAGGUUCAGAAGCAGAUGCACAUAGACACCAAGAUGAAGUUGGAAAUGGUCUGUAUACAAGAGGACGCAGACAUGGGCACAGCCGACGCCCUACGGCACAUCCAGCAGAAAAUCAAGACAGAUAUUUUAGUUGUUAGCUGUGACCUGAUCACAGAUGUCGCCUUACACGAAGUAGUUGACUUGUUCCGUGCCCACGAUGCCACGCUGUCAAUGCUGAUGAGUAAAACACAUGAAUUCACAGAGACCGUUCCUGGGCAGAAAGGAAAGAAAAAGACAGGGGAACAAAGGGAUUUUGUUGGGGUUGACAGCUCAGGAAAGAGACUGCUGUUUAUGGCCAACGAGGCAGAUUUGGACGAGGAACUUGUCAUCAAGAAAUCCAUCAUGCGCAAACAUCCUAGAAUGCAUAUCAAAACUGGCCUUGUUGACGCACAUCUCUACUGCCUGAAGAAAUCUGUGGUUGACUUUUUAGCAGACAACAAAUCCAUCACCUCCAUCCGAGGGGAACUGAUUCCAUAUUUGGUUCGGAAGCAGUUCUCUGCGUCCACAAAUUCCCAGAAGACAAAAAAUGACUCCGAAAAGAACCAGAAAAAAACGGAUCUGAAAACUCCAGAUAUCCACAUUUCCUCCAAAGACGAGGACCUGCUCGAUCUUGCCCGGGAGAAGUCCUGCUGGAACGACCACCGCGGAGACAUGAGUGACGCGUACCACGGUGGCAAGCUACGCUGCUACGUGCACAUCAUGGAGGAUGGCAUGUGUUACCGUGUCAAUACCCUUGCUGCCUACAUUGAGGCCAACCGCCUGGCUCCCAAGUUCUUCUCUGAGGAACUUCCAGUCCACCCCACAGCGGAAAUCUCUGAACAAAGCAUGGUUGGUGCUGAUAGUAUCAUCGGUGCUGCCUGUCAUGUGUCUGAGAAAUCUUCCAUCAAGCGUUCGACCAUCGGAGCUUCCUCCUGUAUCAAGGAGAAGGUUAAGAUCACUAAUUCCAUCAUAAUGAAUGGGGUUACCAUCGAGGAAGGGUGCAGUAUUCAGGGCAGUGUGAUCUGUAACCAGGCUGUCAUUGGUAGAGGGGCUGACAUCAAGUACUGCCUGGUGGGUAGUGGACAGUGCAUCGAAGCAGAAGCUGAAAGGAACAAUGAAGUGAUAGUGAGCACCGACCAACUGAUGGAGAUCUAGAGAUGCUGAAACUUUGUUCAGACCCAGCACUGGACACUUAACUCAACAUGGACAUACAGACCAAGCAUCCCAACCUGUGUUCUGUUUUUUUAUAUUGUUGAUCUUCCCAAUAAAAGAGGAAUGUUUAUUUA